AUGGAUGGUGGAGAGAGGUGGCGCAUGAUACGAUGGGCUGGUGGUACGCAGGAUAAGACUAUAAUCGACCAGAUAAUGCUCCGAUUCAGGCCGAUUGCACCGAAACCUGCCACCGGUGCGCCAGAUUCCGAUAUAUCUUCUCUGAACAGCAAGAACUUAUUGCUUUCUGAGAGAAGAACCAAGAGAAAGUACGUUAGGAUUCGUAAGAACAACAAAUUGUUCAAAAGAAACCAAAUAGUUUCAUCGUCAUCAGAUCAAGGAAAAGGAAAAGAAAGAGAGGAUGGAUCUUUUCAAAAGGCAGUAACACUGCAAUUGUUACCGGAGAGAAGUGAUGAUCAGCCCAAGGACUCGACAGAAAGAGGGAGAUCUUGGUGCAAUCUCGAUCUCACAAAAGAAUUAGUUCAUGAUCCAGAGAAUAAUCAAAUCGCAUCCAUGUGGCUCAAGCUAAAACAGCCGGUUAUCUGCAGGGAAGAUCAUCAGACGGUGGCGAUGGUUCCAAAAAAGAGAUUGGUACUGGAGUCGUGGGUGACAGUGGAGAGCGUGAUGGACACAAACGGUUGCAUGGAAGGUCGGGAGUUAGGGUGUACGGACGUGGAGAGAGUGAAGUAUCUAGAGAAGGACACGCGUCCAGGGUUUAUAUCAGACGGUUCAAACAGAGUGCGAUGGGUGAAUGGGGCAUACCAGAGGAUGGUAUCUGUGAUGAAGGAGAAAGAAAAUGAGGGUCAGGGGCAGUCAGGGGAAAUAAUGGUGUGGUUGGUGACGAAAGAAAAGCUGAUUCCAUACAUGUACAGCUGUGCAUUUACGUGCUGGGUGAGAUUGCAGUACGCGUGGAAGGAGAAGAAGUACUCAUCGCAGAUGGUGCCAUGUGAUGUUUGGAGAAUGGACUGCGGAGGGUUUGCAUGGAGACUGGACGUUGAGGCUGCACUGGGUUUGGGCCGUUGAAAGAUUUUGAGAAAAAGCCUCCAAAUCAAACAUCAAGAAACUAAAGUAAGGCUUAUCAGGUUUUGUAAUUAUUGUGCAUGGGAGACUUCUGACCCAUCAAUGGGAGAAAGUUGAACAUGAAUGUCUUGAAGUGUAUGCAUAUAGAUAUGUUAUGUAUUGGGAUAAAAGUUGCUUCUCAUGGCAAGAAGAUGAAGCAAAUUCAGUGUAACCAAAGCAUUUCAUGAGAAGGUUGAGGCUUCAUUGGAAUUGUAAAGCAAAUUCCCAAAAGGGGAAAAUGGAGUCUUGUUUGAAAUCCAAAAAAUAAGGGAUAUUUUGUGGAAAAAGAAGAUCUGUAUGUAAUCUAUAAAUCAUCGUCUUUACUCUUUGCUUGCUGCUGCGGUAUCUUUCCUAUCUAUGAAGUAUCCAUUUUGAGCAGAUCAUGUGCUUGCAUUGCUUUCAUGCAGCAGGACCUUCCAAUACUGUUUUGAGCAUAACUGGAUUCAUUCACAGAUGUGUACCUUAAAUUGUUAAAUGGGAAUGGAGAUUUGGCUGGAGCUGAGCUCAUCUUUGUCCCAUUAAUUUGUAAUUUUCACUUAUUCUGCCAAUAUAAGCCAAAAGAGAAGAAUAUUUUAUUCAUUCUUAUAAA